AUGUCUGCUUUUGAAAAAGGUACUCUCACAGUUGUCCUCGGUGCUCAGUGGGGUGAUGAGGGUAAAGGUAAGUUAUCCGAUAUCCUUUGCGGUGAAGCUGAGAUUUGUGCUCGUUGUGCUGGUGGUAAUAACGCCGGCCAUACCAUCGUUGUCAACGAUACCAAGUAUGAUUUUCAUAUGCUACCCUCUGGCUUGGUUAAUCCCAACUGUGUUGCCUUGAUUGGUAAUGGUGUCGUUAUUCAUUUACCUUCAUUCUUCGAGGAAAAGGCCAAGAUUGAAGCUAAAGGUAGUCUCAACUGUGAUGGUCGUCUUCUUGUCUCCGACCGUGCCCACCUCGUUUUUGAUUUCCACCAAAAGGUUGACGGCCUCAAAGAAGUUGAAUUAGGUCGUGGUAGUAUUGGUACCACCGGUAAGGGUAUUGGUCCCACUUACUCUUCUAAGGCUUCUCGUUCUGGUAUUCGUGUUCAUCAUCUUUUUGAAUUCGAGGAAUUCUCUGCUCGUUUCAGAACUAUGGUUGAAAACAGACGCAAGCGUUAUGGUAAUUUUGAAUAUGAUGUCGAAGCCGAACUUGUACGUUAUAAGGAGUUGGCCGAACGUAUCAGGCCCUAUGUUAUCGAUACUAUCCCUUACAUUCACAACGCUUUGAAGGAAGGCAAGCGUAUCCUUGUUGAAGGUGCCAAUGCUUUAAUGCUCGAUCUCGAUUUCGGUACUUACCCCUUUGUCACCUCUUCUAGCACUGCUAUCGGUGGUGUCUGUACUGGUCUUGGUGUCCCUCCUAAGACAAUUGGUAAUGUCAUUGGUGUUCUUAAGGCAUAUACCACACGUGUUGGUGGUGGCCCUUUCCCUACUGAACAAUUAAAUGAAGUCGGCGAACAUCUUCAAACUGUUGGCUUCGAAGUUGGUGUCACUACUGGCCGUAAGCGUCGUUGCGGUUGGUUAGAUUUAGUCGUUGCUAAAUAUUCUACUCUUAUCAACGGUUACACUAGCUUCAACUUGACCAAGCUUGACAUUCUCGAUCAGCUCCCCACAAUUAAGGUUGCCGUCGCCUAUAAGUUGAAUGGUAAGAGGUUAGAAUCCUUCCCUGCCGAUCUUGAUCUUCUCGAUAAGAUUGAAGUUGAAUAUGUCGACCUUCCUGGCUGGCAAACCGAUAUUAGCAAAUGCACUAAGUACGAAGAUCUCCCCGAAAACGCCAAGAAGUACAUUGCUUUCAUUGAAAAGGAAACUGGUGUUCCUGUUGAAUGGAUUGGCGUUGGUCCCGGAAGAGACUCCAUGAUCCGUAAAGCCAUCUAA